AUGGCUGGGGGAGCCGUCAUAUCGGCGAAUCCGCUACAGCUAGACGUCCGGAGCCACCUCAAGUGUCUCGGGAUCUGUUUCAUCGUUACCAUCUCAAGCUUCCAGUAUGGUCUUGACUAUGCCUUAGUUGGCGGGUUCAUGGCCAUGCCAGGUUUCUUGAAAGUAUUCGGCUACUAUGACGACGUGGCCGGGAAAUGGGCUAUAGAUCCGACUGUUCAACAGCUUAUUUCCUCUUUGAUGACUAUAGGAACGUUCGUUGGCUCACUCUCGGUUGGCCCGUUUAGCUCUAAGUUCGGUCGACGGCACGGGCUAUGGAUGGCCUCGCUCUUGAACUGUUUCGCGACGGCUGUUAUGAUCGGCACGACCAAUUUGGGGGCGCUCUAUUUUGCCCGCCUAGUUCUUGGAGUCUCCGUCGGAUGGUUCCUCACAUUUGCACAGGUGUACAUCAACGAGGCAGCACCCGCUCACCUCAGGGGCAUCGCAUUCGCCGUUUACCAGAGCCAGCUAUCCAUCGGCUCCAUCAUCGGGGCCGCCAUAGACUACGGGACGCACAACAUGCCCGGGAUGGAAUCCUACCGCAUACCGCUCGCCGUUUUCUUCGUCGCUCCAACCAUUCAAGGAGUCGCCCUUUUCUUCUUCCCCGAGAGCCCCAGAUGGCUUAUGACGCAGGGAAGGGGUGCAGAAGCCGAAGCGGCGCUCCGAAGGCUCCGCCACAGGCACAUCAAGGAGAGCGAGCUCCAGGCCGAGUUCAACGAGAUCCGGACUUCGACGGUGGAGCAGAUGGAACUGCACAAUGGGAAGAAUAUGUGGGUGGAGAUGUGGCGAGGCACUAACCGACGCCGAUCGCUUCUCUGCAUCGCCAUCAUCUGCUUCCACUGCGCCAACGGCUCGAGCUGGAUAAAUAUCUAUACUACUUACUUCCUCACCACGGCCGGAGUCAGCGAGGCUUUCUCGUACUCCACGAUGGUCACCUGUAUGGGUCUGAUCGGCGUCCUCGCUAGCCUGUUCAUCGUUCGCUAUAUCGAUCGUCGGGUUAUCGUCCUCUCUGGUGUCGGAGCAUGUGGUCUAUGUCAGCUCGCGUUUGCCAUCUCAUGGACCGUGGCGCCAGGGACUGUGGAAGCCGCAAAGGUGGUCAUCGCGUUCAUAUCGUUGUUCACCUUCUUCUACGUCGCUUAUGCACCCUACGCCUGGCUCAUGGGAGGCGAAUAUGUCAGCAACCAUCUUCGAGCACACACCUUCGGCUUAGCAACCGCGCUCAACUUCCUCGGAAACUGGCUGGGUGUCUUCACUGCGCCAUACUUCAUCAACCCGGCUAGCUUGGGCUGGAGCGCAAAAUACGGAUAUAUUUGGUUUGCAUCCAAUGCGAUACUGUUCAUCUUCACGUUCUUCUUCAUACCCGAAACCCGAGAUAGGACGCUGGAGGAGAUCAAUGAGAUAUUCGAGGCCAAGGUUCCUGCACGGAAGUUCAAGAGCUACGUUUGCACUGGUACAGAAGCGAUGGCAGUUGCGUCGGUGGUUGAAAAGAGGGAAAAGGAUAUAUGCUAA